AUGAAUUCACAAGAUUCAACAUCUACCACUACUACAACUACAACUACAACCAACAACACAAGUGGUAGUAUAUCUGUUAAUGGUAGUGGCAGUGGUGUUGGUUCAACUAUUACACUACUACGAAAUGGUACUAUAGAUCUACAGACCUACUGUCACGACGCAGUAACCAAAAAGUUUGAACCCAUCAAAGAACACUUGCUUCAAGCAUUCCAAUCGACUCAACCACCAUUAGUACAGAUGCAAUCUACUAGAGAGUUGUCUUUAAUCAUUGGUUCAUUUAUGCAAUUUCAAGAAGAUAUAUUGGGAAAGAGUGGUAUCAAGAAAUCUAUAGGAACUAAAAUACCAGUUAAACUAUUCCAAGAUUAUCAACCAAAUGGAGUAGUAUAUACAACUUUACAUAUCAUGUUUGAAUACAAAUUAGCCAACAAUUGGAAAAAGAUAGACUUUAAUGAACAUUUGGAAAAGAAUAUAGAAAUGCUUAAAAAGAUUAAUAACGAGUUAAAGAUAAAGGGAUAUUUAACAUUUCCAAAUGUUUAUAUUGAACCUAGUAUAGAGGAACAAACAGCCAAAACAUUAGAGGCAGUGGUUGAGAAACAUGGUGGAAAGAUCGUAAAGGAUCUCGUGAGCCAGAGAGAAUGCACACAUAUCGUGACAAACGAGGACAUUGGAAGCUUGGCGAUGAGCAAUGAAAGCGAGUCAGAGACCUAUCUCAGAACUCUCGAACACAGAGGUGAUUUGAGUUUGGUUCAUUUUUGGUACUACCCAGACUCGUACGAUAAAUGGGUGUCGAGCACUGAAGUCGAGGGUGAUGACCCCGAACCAAUUGCACAGAGACAGGGUCCGUGGAGGGUCACACCGCGAUGGAUUACAGAUUUGGAAAUAUAUAACGAAUGGAUGAACGAGCUAGACUAUGAAGUUGACAAUGAUGACACCAAUACCAACAAUAGUGGCGGUAGUAGAUCGGCACAGUCGACCUCUGCACCCGUCACAUCUGGUGAUGGUACUGGAUUGUCGGUGAAACGUGGACGUGGACGACCCCGGAAAACACCACUAUCUCCACCAGCUGCACUUCCUACACCUCCCCAACAACAACAACAACAACACUCAUCUACUUCGUCAAAGACUGUAACCAUGUCAUCAAAUGAUCAUCAGACAUCAGGCGAGGAAAAGGACGAUCUAGACGACUUGGAUGAAGACGAUGAAGACGAUUUACUUGACGACUUGGACGACGAGAUUGAAGAGGACGAUGUUGAAGAGGAAGAGGAAGAUGAAGAUGAAGAAAUGGAGGAGGAAGAGGACGACGAGCAAGAAGAAGAGGAUGACGACGAUGACGAUGAGAUCAUUGAUGAGGAAGAGGAUGAAGAACACAAGACACCGUUCAAGCGGUCGCUCCGUCCACCACGCCCCUCACCAUCCAAAGCAUCACCCAUGUCACCUCGAUCUCCACAAAGUGUAAAGCGAGAUGCAAGUAUGGACGAGUUGAACGAAUCCAACAAGCGAACCACCUCUUCACAAAUAGCAUCAAAAACACCCAUCAAAAGACAAAAGAAAGAUGAUAUCAUCGCUGUCACUUCUACAACCGAUAAACCAACAACGACAACCUCCACCUCCACCACUUCACCUGCUAGUCCGUCACCAACAACUGCCGCUAUGACUACCACCACCACCACCUCUACUACAUCCACCAAUGCCACCCCCUCAUCAUUAUUGAAAUCACCAUCUGCAACCGAGCAAAAAUUGACAGUCACUCCCAUCACCACUGCACCACCUCCUCCAAUGGUAUCUAAACCUCUCCCCAUGAUUACCCCUUCUACCGUCCUUGCCACCUCACUCAUCCCUAUUCCACCUUCACCUGCCAACGUUGUACACCGUAUUUCCAACCCCAACGCCAUCCAUACACCUGCGCCAGCCACUUCCUCUAGACCGUCUUCGUCGUCGAGAAAAUCGUCGUCAAAGUCGGCACCACCCAAAGAGAUUAUCAUUCAACCGCUUGUCGCUACCAAUAUAUCCAUCGCUAUCCCCUCUACCAUCAAAAUGAUGCCUCCACUCUACGACCACGUGGUUGGUGAGAAGCAGGAGGAAGAGGGGGAUGAGGAGGAGGAGGAGGAGAAGAAGGAUACUCCACCCGCACCAUUUACCGUUCCUCUGCAUUACGGGUGUCCUUGGUUUGACCUCGAUCAAGUACACACUAUUGAAAAGAACCAAAUGGUAGAUUUCCUCAAAACAGACACUGAAAAGAAUCUACCUCUUUACAAACAAUACAGAGACCACAUGGUCAAUGCCUAUAGAGCCAGACCAUUCGAAUACUAUACACUCACAGACGCCAACAAUGCAUUCCUCCAAGACCAAGACCAAGGAAACAUUAGUUUUAUUUUCAAGGUCCAUAGCUUACUCGAGUAUUGGGGUUUGAUCAAUCUUGUUAGUUCUCCUUAUGGUCCAAUCGUUCCAACUCCAAAUCCUGCACUUGUCAAUCAAGAUUUAUAUGUAAUCAUUGAAGAAGAAAAACAACAAGAAAUUCAAGAACAAGAAGAACAAGAAGAUGAGGAGGAAGAUGAGGAACAAGACGAAAUGGAUCAAGAGGAAAAUGAUAAACCUUUAGACGAUGAAAAUGAAGAUCAAGUCAUCAAAGAUAUUGAAAAAGAGAUUGAAGAGGAAAUGGAAAAGGAAAAGGAAAAAGAAAAGGAAAUGGAAAAGGUUUUAGAAGAAAAAGAAAAAGAUAAAGAAAACCAACAAGAUGAAAUGGCUCAGGAUCAAGAUGAACUCUUGGAAGAAAAAAUCGACCAACAACAAAAGGAAAUCACAAGUGAUGAUAUUGAAAUGGAGGAAGUUAAAGAAAAACCUCUUGUCACUGGGUCAACCCAACAACAAGAGCAAGAGGAGCAAGAAAAAGUAGAAGAAAAUAUCGAUCAAAUUGUUGAUGAACCAAAUCAACAAGAAAAAGAACAAAAUGUAGAUAAUAAUGUAAAUAAUAAUAGUGAAUCUGUAGAAAAUCAACAACCCACCAAAGAAGAUGUAUUAAAUAAUAAUGACAUUGAAAUGGAACAAGAUAAAACUGAUACUGUCCCAGAAACAGCAGCAGAAGCCGAAAAAGAUUUAGAAACCAAUUCACCACUUCUAGAGAACAAACAACAACUACAAGAAAUCGAAAAUUUGAUUGAUAAUAAUAAUAAUAACAAUAAUAGCGAUAAUACCAAUGAUAAUAAUAUUACUCCUACUACGACUACUUCUACUACUACUGUUGAACAACCAAUUGAAGAACCAGUAUCAUCAUCAUCUUUGACAACCAAUACUGAUACCCAAGAAACAAUGGUAGUGGAAAACAAGGAAGAACCACAACAAGAAGAAAAAGGACCAGAAGAAAAAGGACCAGAAGAAAAAGGACCAGAAGAAAAAGGACCAGAAGAAAAAGGACCAGAGACAAUGACUGGCUCAGAUUCACCACCAAAAGAAGAUGUACAAGAAAAGUUGGAAACUACUUCUCCUUCUCCUUCUACUACUACUACUUCUACCACUUUUGAAGAAAAGAAACCAGAAGAGGAAGUAGAAAAAGUACAACAACCAAAAGAAAUUUUGGAAUCAUCUUUGGAAGCACCUUUAAAUCCAACUACUACUUUUGGUGAUACUACUAUCCCUGAAGAAAAAGAAGAAGAUCAACCAAACAAAGAAACAGGUGAUGAAUCAUCCAAACAAGAACAAGAGGUUAUUGAAAAUAAUAAUCCCAAAACUUUGGUUGAAGAGGAAAAGAACAACGACAACAAGGCAGAGGAAAAGAAACUUGAAGAUGAUAUUAUCAAACCAGAGGAAUCUACAACUACAACUACUUCUACAUCUACAACGACAAAUAUGGAAGAAAAUAAGAUGGAAGAAAUUAAACCAGUAGAGGAGGAGGAUUCCAAAAUGGUAGAGGAAUCCAAACCAACAACACUAUCAAUUUCUGUAUCUGAAGAUCUCGAAAAUAAUAUGCAAGUUGAUUCAAAGACCAAAGAAGAUGAUGAAGAAGAUGGAGAAAUCACAGAUUCUACAACCAUCCAAGAGGACGAACCACAAAAGAAAACUCAAUCAAAUAUAAUGACUUUAAAUGAAGAAGACAAAGACGAAUCAAUGGUAGAAUCAACAAAGGAUGAGGAAAUGGGUGAAGAAGACGAGGAAAUGGUAGAGGAAGACGAAGAAGAAGUGGGCGAUUUGGAUGAAGAAAUUGACGAAAAUGAAAAGAAACUGAAACAAAAGAAGACCAAGGGUAAUAGAGAUGAAAAUCGUCCAAGACCCCAACCACCCCCUCCCCCAGAACCAAUCAUUAUGCCAACCUUUUACGCCAGCCACACCAACCAGUACGGACAGUCAGAGUCUAUGAUUCGUUACAAUUGCUCAUCCUGUGGCAAAGGGUGUAGUAUGGCAAGAUACCAUCUCAACAACAAACCCGUCUUUAACAGUCCAGGUCUCCCAUUUGACUUUGGUGUGUUGGAUCUCUGUGCAAAUUGUUUCCACAGUGGCAAGUACCCAUCCUAUUGUCAAUCAACCGACUUUUCGAGAAUAGAGCUCAAUGUCACACCGACUAUUCCUGAAGAGUGGACGGAUCUCGAAACUCUCCUACUUCUUGAGGGUAUUGAAAUCUAUGGUUCGGACAAUUGGGGAAGUGUCUCUGAUCACGUACAAACAAAAACAAGAGAAGAGUGUAUGAUACACUUUGUUCGAAUGCCAAUCGAAGAUAUCUACCUCGAAAACUUUUGUAACCUAAAUAAUAUGGUCGAUCAAUUCAAUGUUACUUUUAAUCCAUUCUAUAAUCAAGAUGAAAAGAAACAACAAGAUGAAAAGGAAAAAGUCAAUGGAGAUGGAGAAGAAGAAAAGAUAGUAGAGGAUGAGGAAAUUGAAAAUGGAUCAACUACUAGCAAAUCAACUACUACAUCAUCUACACCAUUACCAAAACAACAUAAACAGAAAACAACAGAUGUAGAUCUAAUCUAUGAACCAGACAUUUACUCCACUAUUGGUAAUCCAAUCAUAUCUUUAAUAUCUCAUCUUUCAAGUAUGGCCAGCUCCGUGUUGGCUAGUUAUGCUGCCAAGGAAGCAUUGCAAUCACUACUCGACUCUAAAAAGGCACAAAAGGAAAAAGAAAAAGAGGAUAAACAAAGAGAAAAACAAAGAGAAAAGGAAAGAGAAAAAGAAAAGGAAAAAGAAAAAGAGGAUAAUAGUUCAGCAGAGGAUGAUGGAACGACGACGACGUCUACCACCACAACCACCACCACUACUACUGCCUCAACUGCUGAAGGAGUCAUGUCUCCACCACCUCAGAUUCCACCAGAAUUCUUUAAUAGCAGGGAAAUCAGUGUUGCUUCGGAAAAGGCAUUGGGCGUAGCAGUUGCAAAGGCAAAAGAACUCAAAAUCGCAGAGGAAAGAGAAAUCCAAUCACUGGUUUACAAAAUGAUCAAUGCUCAAACCAAAAAAUUGGAAUUAAAACUUAAAUAUUAUUCUGAUAUUAAUGAUAAUAUUGAAAAGGAAAGAUUAAAUGCUGAAAAUUUAAAAAAUCAAGCAUUUGUUGAAAGAGCAACCAUAUUGAAAUCAUUGUCACCUCAACUACAACAACAAAUAGCCCCAUUAUUAGCACCACAGACACCAUCAUCAUCAACUGGUUCCAAUACACCAUCUUUGACCAGCAACAUUGGAGGUGUUAUUUCACCGGUUGCCGCCGCUGCCAUCAUCUCACCUUCACAAAAAAUAUCAACUCCAACUCUGACCAGUACACCAACUCCAACUUUGAUCGGUAUUCCAUCAUAUCAACAACAACAACAACCGUUAACUCAGAAAAUGAUAUCACCUGUUUUCAGUACUACCACUACAACUCCUCCUAGUAGCAGCAAUAGCAGUAGUAGUAUGGCAGUUGACCCUCAACAACCAUAA